UUUUCCCCUUUUCGUUGCUCAUAAAUUGGAAAAAGCUAAAUAACGAUCUGCUUUUCUCGUUCAUAGUGGUAGACCGCGACUACUUCAUUAAUCCAUAAACCAUGGCAGACCAUAUUCAAGAACAAGAAAUGGAGAUUGAAGCUCUGCAAGCCAUCCUUAUGGAUGACAUAAAAGAAAUUGAGCCUAGUGAGAGUGGCCUAUCUACAGACAACCACUGCUUCCAAAUUACAUUAUCCCCACAGGAUGAUGAUGCAGAUGAGCAAGUUGGCAUCCCAGUCAGCUUGGCAUUAAUUUUUUCGCACACUGAGAAAUAUCCAGAUGAGCCACCUCUUCUUAAUGUGAAAAGUUUGCGAGGAAUUAAGUCAGAAGAUCUGAAAGUUUUGAAGGAGAAACUUGAACAAGAGGCAUCUGAAAAUCUUGGGAUGGCUAUGGUCUACACGCUAGCUACAUCAGCUAAAGAGUGGUUAACUGAUAAAUUUGGCUCUGAUGCUGAGCCCCUGGACACUGAGGAGAAUGAUACAGCUAAAGAUGACAUAAUUAUACCACAUGGAGAACCAGUAACGAUUGAGAGUUUUCUUGCUUGGAGAGAACGGUUCGAAGCAGAAUUGGCAUUGGAGAGAGCCAAACUGCUUCCUGAUUCAGUGCUUGGGGCACCAAAGGAGAAGAAACUAACUGGUCGCCAAUGGUUUGAGAGUGGAAGAGCUUCAGUGUUCGUGGAAAUGUUUUAUAUUUUAUACAGAAAGGUUCUACCCAAGUUAUGGAAGGGUCUGAAGGGGAAGAAGAAGAAGAUAUUGAUUUUGAUGAUGACUUUGAAGAUGAUGAAGAAGAUAUGCUUGAUCACUAUCUCCAGUCAGAGGCGCCUCCCCAAAUUUCUUUCAGGAAGUAGAAUAUUUUGAACAAAAAUUGAAGUUUGCCUGGUGAUGGGGAGCUUUAUAAGAAUUGCUUUACAGAGAGAAAGAGAGAGAGAGAGAGAGAGAGAGUUUUAAUGAUUGGAUUGAAGAACUUGCAUUUAAACCUCUUUUUGUUAGAGAUAUCCUUCUUAGUAAAUUAGCUAUUCGUGCAUAGAUGUUCAAGCAUUAGUGGGAUGAUUAUGAAAUUUUUGCAUCACUUCCAGCCGCUCCCUUUGGGGAUUCUUGUACUCAGGUUACAUCUGUCUUUCGACAAUACAUAUGGUGUGAUUUCCUUUGAUUAAAA